UUAAAAUACUGUGGGAUGGAGCAAAUAGUAAAGGACAAAGAGGUAGAGUAGUAGAAGGGUAGAACUAGAACAAAUGACAAGUACAAUAGAGAGAGCGCAUGAAAAGCACGUGUCUAAGCUAACGACACCUUAGCAAGUUAGCUAGCAACUCAAACACAUAUACACCAAAAUCCCUCAUCCAACUUUGAAAACUUACACAAACUACACCAAACAGAACCACACUCUAAAAAAAUGGAGCAUACAACACCACCACCACCAGGGGAGGAGAUGGUAGGGAGCGGUGCGGAGUCAGGGAGGCAGGCGCAGGAGCACGAACACGAGCCGUUGAUGCUACCGCGCAAGAUGAUCAAUGUCAUGGUCGCGUUGGACGAUAGUGAUGGUAGCUUCUAUGCUCUUAAUUGGGCACUUGCUAAUCUUCUUAAACCCAAAACUAUACAACCCAACUCAACUACUACUACCACUACUACUACGCCGAUUGAAGAAGAAGGUUGUAUGGUUUAUUUGGUUCAUGUUCAACACCCUUUUAACAACUAUGUCUACCCCGCCGGUGCCGGUUUACACACUGCUGCUUUUGCUGCAUCAUCUGUGGUAGAAUCUGUAAAGAAAGCACAAGCAGAGGUUUCAGCUAACAUCCUUCAACGUGCAAUCUCAAUCUGCAAGCAAAAUAUGGUUCGAGCUGAAACUUUGAUUUUUCAAGGAGAUCCCAAAGAUGAGAUUUGCAAAGCAGCUGAACAAUCACAUGUUGAUAUGCUAGUCAUUGGCAGUCGUGGUCUAGGCGGAUUAAAGAGAGCAUUUCUUGGAAGUGUUAGUGACUAUUGUGCACACCACGCUUGUUGCCCAGUCUUGAUUGUGAAGCCACCGAAGCAUAUCAAGUAAAGAUGAGACCAAGCAAGAAGAAAAUGUUUUGUACCGAGUGUAUAUACUCUGAUAUGGCAAAACUAUAAGCUAGUAGUUGUGUAACGUUAGUUUGUAUCUCCUAAAUGUCAAGUCUCCAUGGUAUAACAAAAUCGGGUAAUAUGUAUGUACAUACGAUGAACUAAACAGCGCUUGUAAUAUUUUACCGAAAACUGGAAGUAUAUAUAUAUGGAGGCAACGGAACAAGGCGUGCAUUAUGGUGCUA